AUGGCUUAUCCAAUGGAAUCAAUAUCUCCUGUAAAACCAACACCUAAGUUGUCACGAAAUUCAAACCCUUACCAUAUUAAGCGACCGAUGAACGCUUUCAUGGUUUGGUCAAGAUUGCAAAGGAAGAAAAUAUCGUUAAUGAACCCUAAACUGCAUAACUCGGAGAUAUCAAAACGACUCGGGUUGGAAUGGAAAAGUCUUGACGAGACGGAGAAAAGGCCGUUUAUAGAUGAAGCAAAGAGGCUAAGGAUCAAGCAUAUGCAAGAUUAUCCAGAUUACAAGUAUAGGCCACGAAGGAAGAACAGAAUAGACGCUACAGCGUUUUCAAACCCAGCUAUUUACACGACAAGAGACACAUUUGUUGAAGUGGAACCGAGGCCGGAUAACUACCAGCUUCCUAUCAACUAUUCAGAACACCAAUUCAUGUACAACAAUAUGAUCAGCUAUACGGUACCGCCAAUUCCUCAGACAACUUACGUUCCUGUGUCGAGACCUAAGGAAGAAACAUUGCCAAGUUUGGAGUUAAGACCUCUGCCAUCGAUAGAGAGUAUUUCCCCGAGGCCCUUCGCGGUUGUCAAUCAACAGAUGAUGGUCAAAGCGUAUCAGGACCUCCAUUAUGUGCCAGGGGAUGUUGCUAGGAUAUCAUAUCAUUAUCCAUUUGGCGUCCAGUAAUGUAAAAUGUACUUUAUCAAUUUAGUUUUAUCAACUUACUAGUGCAAUAGUAUUUUUUAU